AUGCGACUUAGUUCCCAUCUCUUUUGUCCCCCUGCAGUUCACAGUCGUGUGCUUUUUAUAGUUCGUUUUGAAGUCUUGGGUAUUGAAACUAUCUACAUAGCUUCUUCGAUAGGCAAAGUAAUAUCUUUUCCUGCAUCAGUGUUUGGAUGCGGUCACCAAAAUCAUGGUAAAUACAGUGGCCUUGCUCAAGGUGUUGUUGGCCUUGGAGGAGGGUUAUUGUCUUUAGUUUCACAAUUGAAACCCAAAAUUGAAUACAAAUUCUCCUAUUGUUUGCUCCCUUGGGAUGCAAUUUUUAAUAGUAAGAUUAGAUUUGGACAUAAAGCAAAGACCUCCAACGCAAAAGUAGUUUCAACUCCAAUGAUAAACAAACAUCCUGCAACAUUCUACUAUGUUAGUCUCAAAAGUAUUACUAUUGGAAAUAAUAGAAGGAAGAUGAGUCGAAACCCAGGUAAUAUUAUAAUAGAUUCUGGGACAACCUUGACAAUGUUGCAUUCAAGCAUGUACAAGGAUCUAGAAGAUAUUGUUAAGAAAGAAAUAGGUAUUAGCCCAAUACCAGAUCCAACAAAAGUGUUGAGCUUGUGUUAUAGAACAAGAUCUGUUCUAGACAUCAACUUCCCAGAAAUGAUAUUUCAUUUCAAUGGUGCGAAUCUCCGUUUGCCACCCACAAACAUAUUUCUAGAGUAUCAUAAUUUGUAUUGUAUGAUGAUAGUCCCAAAUGAUCGAAUUUCGAUUUGCGGAAGAAUUUCACAAGCAAACUUCCAGGUGGAGUAUGACAUUUUGAACAGACAAGUCUCUUUUGUUUCAGCAGAUUGCAGCAUAUUUUAA